AUGGCCUCGACUCCUAUAAUUCGUCCGCGUCCCACAGCCGAGCUCUUCGCACGCUACGCCUUCACAGAGACAAUCGGCCAGGGCCAUUUCGGGAAGGUAUGGCGCUGCCUCGACCGCACGACGGGCGAGGCGCUCGCGUGCAAGCAAGUGCGCAAGACCGGGCUUUCCGAUAACGACUUAGCCGACCUCGAGCGCGAAAUUUCCGCAAUGCAGCUGCUGCAGGGCCACCGCCACGUCCUCGCUCUGCGCGGACUUUUCGAGGAUGAUAAUAACGUGUACAUGAUCACCGACCUGUGCACCGGGGGCGAUAUGUUCGAUUUGAUCGCGCGCACGGGCGGCCUCGACGAAGACACCGCGGCGCGGCUUUUCGCGCAAAUCGCACAGGGCCUGACGGGCUCGACGCGUGCCUCGCGGAUUUGGCGACAGCCGUACGAUUUCAGCGCUGACAUCUGGUCGCUCGGCGUGCUCCUCUACUCCAUGCUCGCCGCUGGUUGGCCCUCGUUCCCCAACAACCGCCGCCAACUGCGCCCAGCCGUCGAUUUCGCCGACGCGCCGUGGCAGACGAUCUCUCGCAAGGCGAAAGAUCUUAUCCGUCGGAUGCUCACCCAAGACCAGUUCGAACGGCUGGAUAUCCACGGCGUGCUGCAGCACCCGUGGCUCGCGUCGCGCCUCGCCGCCAUCAGCCAGAAGCGCAGAUCCACCGCCGCAUCCCCCGCCACAAAAGCCGCCGUCCCCGCUGCCGUUCCGGCGCCGCAGAAAACGGCGCAAAAGCCCCCGCACCAGCCGCGAGAGGUGGAGCGCGAAGCGCGGGAGGAGUUGAAGCAGCUGAAGCAGCACCACAGGGCGUUGUGCUCCUUUGAUUCGGACAAUUCUGUCGACUUCGAUAACCACGAAUCGCUGCUACCCGCUCUCCUCCCCGUGCCGACCGACGCAAGCUUUGCCAGGGAGUCGUGCGGAAAUGCCGCUGAGGAGUGCGACGCGCGGAAUUCUAAAUUGCGCCUUCCGCUCGCCUCCGCCGCACCUGUCCGCAGAGCCGGCAACAACAGUCGUGAGAGCAGCGCGUCUAGCUUCGACUUCGUUCCGUCGCAUUCGUCGUUCUCGACUACGUCGUCCGCAUCGUCCGCGUCGUCCGUGGCGGAGAUCGCGCGAACUACGGGUGCCGCGACGUCCAAGAAUGUCCCAGCCUCCCACGCUUCCGGCAUCGACAUUCUGGCGGCCUAA